UGAGCUUCCAAUGCGAAAUGUAAUUGGAUUAGGCAGCAACCAAGUCCGAGACCCAGUCUCAGUCGCAGUCCCAAUAGCAAAGGGAACACUCGUUGGUGCUCCAGAUGACCACCGAAUCCGUAGUCCUCGGUUCGGGAUUGCAUAACCUGGCAGCAUGAGCAGGACGAACCACUCGAAGUUUGUUUUCCAGAGGAAAGCUAGUGUCGGCAGCAAGAGUAGCCAGCUAAUUGAUUAUGAACGCAUCCAGGGAGACUUGGAAGUGGUGGUCCCGACAGCUCCGCCUCCACCAGUUGUCCAGUCUAGUGGAACCCAAGGUAAAAUCAAGUUGAAGCUAAGCUCGGCGAAGAUUUCCCUGCGGAAGAGCUCGCAGGUUCCGAAGAAUACUCUUCAGGCGGCACCUGUGCCAGAUGCAGUGCGUCGCAAGUCAGCACCACAGCUCUUUACCUUCACCAUUGCUCCCAAAGUGGAAGCCAAUUCGGAAGUGCUACCUCCAUCAGUGCCUAAGCUACCUGUUUUUACGCCGAAAAGUUUCAUUCGACGGUCGAGGACUUUGGGUUUGGCCAAUGGCUCGCGAGCAGGGAUUCCUGGGUUAACCACUGAGGACCUGGGACUGCAGGACAGUGGCAGUGGCAGUGAACCCACCAGCAGCUUGGCCGGAGGUGGUAGUUCGACUUCACCCGAAUCCCUACUGGAUCACAUUCUCAGUGGAGCCUCCUCCAUUUCCGUUCAAAGCAGCAGCAGCAGUCAGGCCAGCAAUGCCACGGUGGCGCAACCUAUUAAAGCCAAGGAGCAACUGCAUCCGAAGAGGCUGCUCAGCUUGAAGGCUUCUCCCGAGCUGAGGAUAUCCCCUCCCACACCAGACACCACUCAACCCAAGCUGCAGAUGCUACCGCAACUUCUGCUGGCAGGCUCGCCAAGACCAGAGAUCUUCGAUGCACCAUCACCACUGGUUAGGAGUCCAUCAAGAUCUCCGGCGAACUCUCCUGGGGUCUCCCCAUCACCCAGCAUCACCUUGAGACCCAGUACGCCUCCAGAGAACACCAUAACCUUCACGGAUGAUCUGAAGUGCGGCAUCUGCCUGGAUGUCUAUACGGAUCCCAGGACCCUCUACUGCCUGCACUCCUUCUGUUUGCAAUGCCUGGUAAGCGAGAACUUCAAGGACGAAUCCUUGUGGGAUCAGGAUCCCUCCCGUAGCGAGGAUCCCUCGAGCUACAGCCUAAGAUCGGAGAUGGGUGGAUCCAGUGCGGAACUCACGGCUACCGUUUCACCCGCCAGGCAGCGAGGAGCCAGCUUAAGUUUAAGACGAAAGAAGUCCAUGGAUCGUUUGGUGAUCAGGUCCAAGAGUGAAGGCAAGCGAUCGACCAGUUCCUUUGGCACCCGGUUCACCGGAAGCUUCGUGAGCGAUGCACCUUCUCGAUGCAUCCGUUGUCAUAGCUGCAACUAUCCCACGGAUCUCCCCUUGGGUGGAGUGCGUCAGCUGCCCCAGAACUAUUUGCUAGUAAGACGGAUUGAGGCGUUGCGAUUACAGGCUGGAGAGGAUGUCAUCUCCAAGGUGUGGUGUUCCCUUUGCACCGAGGAGAUCAGUGCCACCUAUCACUGCAUUAGCUGCACCCUGAACCUCUGUACCCUGUGCAAGGAGGCACAUGAGCGGCAACGGAGCACCUCGAAUCACAGGAUGAGAAGCAUCCUGGAACUGAGACGUGCCAGGAAACAAAAGCAGCAGCAGCUGGGAUUGGGAGACAGUAGCAAGCUGGUGCUGCGAUGUGGAAUUCACACCAACUUUGAACUGAAGGCAUUCUGUACGCAAUGCCGUCAAUUGGCCUGCACCGAUUGCUUGGUUCUUCUCCACAAAGGACAUCGACAUGAGACCAUAGCCCGGGCAAUUGGACAUCAGGGAAAACUCCUCAAAGAAGCCACAGAUCAAACUCGUCCACUGUGUCAAUAUGCAGAGCACUCCAUUGAAAGGCUGAACGAGAUCGCCCGGGGAAUCAACAGCAGAUGCGACGACAUCCAGAGUCAAGUGGAGCGGUAUAUGCAGAACUACAUCGAGGCCUUGGAAGUGCAUCGUAGAACUCUGCUCCAGCAAGUCAGCAGGGCCAGGGAGUCUAAAGUGGAGGUUGUACUUAAGCAGCAACUGGAUCUGGAGAAACGAACGCAACAGGCCCUGGAUGCAGUGCGAUUCAGCCAAGAGCUUUGCGAGAUUGGCGCAGAUGUGGAGAUUCUGAGUUAUGUGGCCAUACUUCUCAGACGAUUGGAGUAUUGUCAACAGUUUAAACCACCAGUGGAUCCGAAAAUCUCCGACUCUCUACACUUCCUACCCAAAAUCAGAGCUCCAUCGACGAAGGACCAGCGCGAUAUCCCUCUGUAUGGAAUCAUCACCAUGCAGGUGGUGGAGCCCGGCCUGUGCACCUUGGAGUGGGAGGGCUUUUCCCAGCUGCGACUUCACAAGAAGGCCGAUCUUCUGCUGCACUCUCGAGAUGCCGAUGGAGUUUCCCUCUGCCACGGCGGCCUGGAGAUCAACUGCAUGCUGAAGUACAAGGACUCGACCUCCAAGUUCCUGCCCGUAGAGGUGUCGGAUAAUCGGGAUGGCACCUACAACAUCUCAUUUACGCCCGACGCCCAGGGAGCCUUGAUCCUAACGAUCACGAUCAACGAGCGGCCCAUCAAGGGCGGUCCUUUCACCUUCCAGGCGCGUCAGGUUCGUCCGCAUACGGGGAUAUACCACUGCUGCUCCUUCUGUUCCGGAAAGGGCAACCGGAAUGUCAUGUGCUCCUGCGAGGGGCGAAUGCCAGGAUACAGUGGCUGUGGUCAUGGCCAUGCAGGACAUCCGGGGAGACGUCACUGGUCCUGCUGCGGCAAUGUCCUCGAGAACUCGGAAUGCAAUGUGGCCAAUAAACUUCUAAAUAACUAG